AUGUUUUGGGGAUGUUUUCGUGGCAAUGAGCCCGGUAUACUUCAGCGUAUCAAUGGUAUUAUGAGUGCCAUAGACUCUAUUACCAUAUUGGAGGACUCUUAUCUCCCGAGUCUGGAUAUAUUCAGUGUUGAACGUGGUCAACAAGAAAUAUUUAUGCAGGACAAUGAUCCUAAGAGCACCGCAAAAAUAACAAAAAAAAUGGAACGUUUGACAAGCCAUGGAAGUCUGGGACUAUCAAGCAAUAGUCCAGCGUACACAACACAUACAGGUAGUCAUGCUAGUAGGGGUGGACCCACGGCCGGCCAUAGUGGACAUGGUGGAACUCAUAGUUCUGCUGCAACGAUGCAUCAUCAGUCAUUACAGUCCGAUUUCCAGCCUCCUUAUUUUCCACCUCCCUUUCAUCACUCUACACAAAGUCCUCCUCAACAACAGAACCACGGUGCUUUAGAGUAUCUAGGAACGGAUCCGUACGGACAACCUUUACCAACCUUGCAUCACACACCCCUGCAUCAUUACAAUCAAUUAGCUGGAUUGAGAAGUACUCAAGAUCAAUUAGGAAUUCAUCGAUCUCAUAGAGAAGCAGAACUUCAAGGUCACGUGACACAAUUAUCACAUGGAUUUCCAUAUUCUGACCGAAGAAGUGACUAUGGAAGUGGUUUAUCAACUGGUACUACGCACGGAGGACGUCUUACACAUGAUCAUGAUCCUUUAGCUUUACAUCAAGCCCUGCAAAAUGCUGUUGAUGAUGGUCAAAAUCCAGGAAUAGACGAUAAUGUUGGUUUCAUGUCGGAUCUACCUCUAAUAAAAAGCAUGAAAAGUGGGAAAGAUGUCGGAAAUAUUAGCUCUGGAUCUCCCAGCGAAGUAUUUUGUGCAGUUCCUGGUCGUUUAAGCCUUUUGUCCAGCACCUCUAAAUACAAGGUUACAAUUGCAGAAGUUCAGAGAAGACUGUCUCCUCCAGAAUGCUUAAAUGCUUCAUUGUUGGGCGGAGUUCUAAGAAGAGCAAAAAGUAAAAAUGGCGGCAGACUUUUAAGAGAAAAACUUGAAAAAAUUGGAUUAAAUUUACCAGCAGGAAGGCGUAAAGCGGCAAAUGUUACAUUAUUAACAUCAUUGGUUGAGGGCGAGGCAGCACACUUGGCCAAAGAUUUUCAUUUCGUUUGUGAAACAGAAUUUCCAGCUCGACAACUGGCCGAAUAUAUAGUGCGACACAAUACCGAACCACAAGAAUCUUAUAGAAGAAAGGAGCUUUUGAUGCAUUCACAACAGAUUACAAAGGAACUCAUGCAAGUCCUCAGCCAAGAUCGCACAACACAGUAUGGGACAAGAUCUCAACAUUUAUUGGAACCUUCAAUGCAACGACACCUAACACAUUUUUCAUUGAUAACGCAUGGAUUCGGCUCACCAGCUAUAAUGGCUGUCUUGCACGCUUUCCAGACAUUUCUAAAUGAAUCGGUGAAUUAUCUGGAAAAGUUGUAUCCAUCAAAUGGUGGUGGUAUGGUAUCAUCGUCUCUUGACAAAAACAAAAUGGACGGCGAUAAGAAAUGAUAAAACAAUUGCAUUUAAAUUUAUUCAAACGUUUAAAACGUAUUUGUACGAGUAUUUGUAAUAAUAAGUAUUUAUAUGUACACUAUGUAUGUAUGUUAGUUAGACUG